AUGGCUGAUGGUAAGCCUCCCAAAGGGAUAGCGAAUACUGGCAGCACAACACAAUGCCCCCUGCCCGAAAAUGAGAAAGUGGGCAUACCCGGUGUAUCCGAGGUCAACCACGAUCCGAGUCCAUAUCUUGAAGGAUUGAAGCUUUUCAUUCUGAUGGGAGGGCUCACAGUAGUCAUGUUCCUUUCCAUGCUAGAUAUGGCCAUUAUUGGUACUGCCAUUCCCCAGAUAUCCAGUGACUUUCACAGACUUCAGGAUGUAGGCUGGUACAUUGGUGCUUAUCAGCACCAAGUCGGCUCCGCAAUUUGCGGUGCUGCACAAAAUUCGAUCAUGUUCAUCAUUGGUCGUUCGAUUGCGGGUCUAGGUUGCUCAGGUCUUUCCAACGGCUCUCUAACGGUUCUCUCCGGAGCAGUGUCUCCAGAGAAAAGGCCUUUGUAUACAAGUCUCACAAUGGCAGUCGGACAGAUCGGUGUUAUCCUCGGGCCUGUACUAGGAGGGGUGUUUACCGAACAUGCCACUUGGCGAUGGUGCUUUUAUGUGAAUCUGCCACUCGGUGGUCUUGUAGCUGCAUUCCUCGUCUUCCUCCAUAUCCCUGAUCACAUCGCGAAAGAACCAGUAACCCUUCAGCAUCUUCGGGAGAUCCUUCCCAAAUUCGACCUCAUUGGGUUCGCACUCUUCGCACCGGCAGCGAUUAUGCUCCUCCUCGCCCUCCAAUUCGGCUCGAGCGACUAUUCUUGGAACUCGGCAACAGUAAUCGGAUGCUUUUGCGGAGCCGGCGUCGCAGCCAUCAUUUUUCUUCUCUGGGAGCGACGUAUGGGUAAGGAUGCUAUGAUGCCGCCUCAAAUGAUCUCACGACGCAUUGUUUGGACGAGUUCCCUGUUUUAUGGUCUUCUCAUGAGUGUGUCGGUUGGGGGAGGUAGCUUCCUCCCCAUCUACUUCCAGUCUGUGAAAGGUCAAGAGCCUCUAACGAGUGCUCUCUACUUACUGCCCAGUAUUCUGAGCCAAAUUUUCUUUCUUCUCCUAUCGGGAGCACUAAUGACUAAAUUUCGAUUCUAUAUUUCAUGGCCAGCCUUCGCAGCAUCCGGCACUGCUCUCGGAUGCGGACUUAUAUCUACGUGGACACCGGACUCGACACUUGGUGAGCUAUUUGGUCAUCAGGUGCCAUACGCAGCAGGAGGAGCAGCUAUUCAGAUUGCAUUUCUGGCGGUCCAGCUCACACUACCAGCAAAUGAAAUCGCUCUGGGAAUAUCGUUCCUUGUAUUUUCGCAGAAUAUCCUCGGCGCAGUAGUUGUGACGCUCGGCAAUACGAUUUUUCAGGAAACCUUGAAGUCUAAGAUUGUUCUAUAUGCCCCAGAAGUCUCUCCCUCGGCAGCAGUGGCGGCUGGUGGAAUUGCUGACGCAGUGCGUCAACUGGCGGCGCAGGGUGACGAUGCUCUACUGGGAAAUGUUCUGCGAGCGUUUUCGGAUAGCUUUGACAAUAUCAUGUAUCUCUUCGUGGCCAUGAGCAUGGUCUCGUUCUUCUUGUGCCUUAGUAUGGGCUGGAUGGACUUGCAGACCCAUGGAAAGAAGCCAGACGAGGCGGCCGCGAGAGAACAGAAGGAGAACAGUGAGAGGCAAAAAGGAUAG